AUGAUUUAACAAUUAGAAGAAUUAUUUACAGAAACCCUUUAAUAUAACAAACUGUAUUGGAUUUUAGGAUAGUACAACAAUACUUAUGUGAUUGGUCCCAAUGGGGUUGGAAAAACAACAGCAGUUCAUUUUUGUUUAGAUAAACUUAAAAUACCAUAUAUAAGGAUUAAUAUGAUGUAGUGUUUGACAAAGUAAAGUUUAUUAUAAGCAAUCGUUAAUGAGAUUAGCGAACUAUGGAAUCAGGAAUUAACAAAAAUAAGCAAGUUUAGCGAACUAAUUAUUAGAUUAAACACAAUUAUAUCAACAUCUAAUUAGAAGAAUAGACGAGCAUAUAUAAUUAUUGAUGCUCCAUAAUAUCCUUAAAUUGAGUUUAUUUAUUUGUAAAAAUUAUUCGCGCUUUCAGAAAUAAAAUCUAAAACUUGCUCAGUUAAUUUUAUUUUUAUUUGUAAUCAAUUACCCAACAUAAUUGAUAUGCCUUUGGGAAUUACGAUGAUAUUUCAAUCAUUUGAUGAAGAAUUAUAAAUAAGAAUCAUUUAUGCUCACAUAAUGUAUAGAGCAAUUAUGCUUGAGGAUUAUUAAGUAUAAAAAUAAGACAAUGUGCGAGCAUUUGCUGGAUAAGUAGCCAAAGAUGUCUUCGUUACAUUUUCAAUAAUCACAACUAAUUUAAAUAAUUUAAUUUAAAUUGCUGUAGGUUUGUUUGAGAAUUUUAUUUAUUAAUGUGUAAAUUUAACUAAUGAAGAAUAACUAUAGAUUAGAUAAUAAUACUUGAUUGCAAGAAAAUUAUUGUUUGAAAACCCAUUCUUAUAAAUAAAUUCGAAAGAAUUUAAGGAUCUAAUUGAAGAAGUUGAAUCUUAAAAAAACCCUCAGUAAAAAUCCAUUUAAGAAUCCAAAAAAUAAUAAGCAGAAACUAAAACAGCUAUUUAAACAUUAGAAAUUUAAAAAAUUAAAUUGCCUAAACUGCCCUCUUUGAUCCUAUUAUCAUCUUAUUAUGCCUCUAGAAAUCCUGAAAAAACGGAUGGAACUAUUUUCAGAGAUCUUAAGAAAAAUAAAAGAUAAUCCAAAGUUAAAGAGCAAUUGAAAGUCAAGUAAAAAGUUUCUCUUUAUCGAUUAAUUGCAAUUACAUAAUCCUUAAUGUCAAUUAACGAAAACAAGGAAUUUUCAAUUGAGAAACAACAAUUCAAUUAAUCAGUAUAAUUCUAUCAAUAAAUAUAAUUGCUAAGUGACCAAGGGUUUAUUAAAGUUCACCAUAAAAAAGACGAUAUUUUAAAUAAAAUAAAAUUAGAAUGUUAAAUAACAGAAAAAUAAGCUUUCGAUCUUGCCGCUGAACUUAACAUUUAAUUCAAUGAAUUUUUAUCUGCAUUUUGA